AUGGUUUCUUCGAAGAAUAAUGAAAUUGCAGCGAUCACUAAGUCAUUGGCAGAUGAGAAACAGAAGUGAGUGAAUUUUUUAUUCUGAGACGGCUAAUCUGAGCAAUCAGUGUUCUCCGUGUAUGUAAAUAAAUUAUAAUUUUCAGAUGUUCCGAAUUGCAAGCCCAUAUUCUCGCAAUCGACACUCUCAAGGCUGAAAAAGUUCAAACUCUUCAAAACGAUUUGAAGAGCUUAUCCAAGAAGUUUUCUCUUGCCGAAACAGAAGCAUUGAAUCUGAAAGAAGAUCUCGAGAUUAUCAAGAGAACAACAGCUGAAAACACAUCUGCGAAGUUAGCUUUGAAUAGAAAAUUCAAAUACAAAAGUGUUUUUUUUUCUAGGAAUUCCGAGUUGGAGGCUCAACUUGCAAAACUCGCCGAAUCGAAAGAUAAGGAAAUCUCCGAUUUCGAAUCAAAAAUUGCAGAUUUGACAAAGAAGUUGGAAGAACUACCGUAUGAACGUGAAAGGUAAAUAGUUCAAAUUUUGGAAAAAAGUUUUAAUUUCGAUAUUUCUAGAGCAAAUAAACUCGAAUCACGAAUCGAAGUUAUUCAACAAUCUUUUGGACAUCGUCAAAGAAGAUCGGAGGAAGAGCUUUCAGCUACAAAACAAAAACUGGAGGAUGCGUUGAAAUCGUUGAUCGAAGCGAAAAAAGACAAUAUUAAAAUAGCCGAAUUCAAAAAGAGAAUCGACAAUUUGACAUCAACCUCAAUUGAAGAGAAAAACAAAAUCUUGGCCGAUCUCGAAAAGGUGAAAAACGAUCUCGCUUCGUCUGAAGAAUCUCGUGAAGCUGACGCCGAAUUGGUCACAAAACUUCAGGCAAAUUUGGUCGAAGAUCGUAUUUGUUUCGAGGAAGAAAAGAAUCAUCUAGCUUCUGCUUUGGAAUCAACUCAACAAAAGUUGACAGCGGCAGAUGAGGCAAAAGCUGCAGACGCUCAAAUGUUGGUUUUUAAUUUUCAAAAUGAAAGAAAAUUAUCUAAUUUGUUAAAUUUCAGGAUCGCUCAACUUGAGAACACCGUCAAAGCGCUCGAGCUGGCUCUCAAAACCGAGAAACAAGAUUUUCUCGCAGAAAAUGUUGAGGAAGUCGUCGAGAGAGUGGAUGUCCCUGCACUUGCGGCCACAAAUUCAGGAAAUGUCGUCAAUGAGGUUUGAAAUAAUCAAAAGAUUUUGGAAAAUAAUUUUUUUGCUUUUCAGGAAGAUCUCGACUUCUCAUCCCUUCUUUCCAGUGCUCAUUCUUACCAUCGUCAACUUUCUCAUCGCCUCGAACUGCUCCGUCAAAAUCAAUCAAUUGCUUUCUAUCCAUAUAUCAGAUAUUUAUUUGCCCUUUACAUAUUGCUCUUGCAUAUUUGGCUCCUCUGGUAA